GGGGGCUGCUGCUGUCGGUGGAGCGGGGCGCCCGCCCGAGGCUCAGGCUGGGUCCGCUGGCUCGCAGGUGUCGCCUCAGCUCUAGCCAUGAGGACCCUGUGGAUGGUGCUGUGCGCGCUGGCGCGGCUGUGGCCCGGGGCCCUGGCUGGCUGCGCAGAGGCCGGGCGCUGCUGCCCUGGCCGGGACCCAGCCUGCUUCGCCCGCGGCUGGAGGCUGGACAGGGUCUACGGAACGUGCUUCUGCGACCAAGCCUGCCGUCUCACCGGAGACUGCUGCUUUGACUACGCCAGGGCAUGCCCAGCUCGCCCUUGCUUUGUGGGAGAAUGGAGUCCCUGGAGUGGCUGUGCAGGUCAGUGCCAGCCCACCACGCGUGUGCGCAGGCGUUCAGUGCAGCAGGAGCCAAUGAAUGGAGGGGCACCCUGCCCGCCCCUGGAAGAGAGAGCUGGCUGCCUGGAGUACUCCUCUUCGCAGGGCCAGGAUUGCGGGCACUCCUUUGUUCCUGCCUUUAUAACUAGCUCUGCAUUCAACAAGAAGAGAACAAUACAAGCUGUAUCUCCACAGUGGUCCACUCACACCGAGGACGCUGGAUACUGUAUGGAGUUCAAGACAGAGUCCCUGACUCCUCACUGUGCUCUGGACAACCGUCCUCUGACUCGAUGGAUGCACUAUCUCCGAGAGGGAUACACAGUGUGUGUGGACUGCCAGCCUCCAGCUAUGAACUCCGUGAGCCUGCGUUGUUCUGGAGAUGGUCUGGACUCCGAUGGAAAUCAGACUCUUCGCUGGCAAGCCAUUGGCAAUCCUCGGUGUCAAGGAACCUGGAAAAAAGUGCGACGAGUAGAGCAGUGUUCUUGUCCCGAUGUGCACCGCUUUAUUUUUAUAUAGUGUACUGUGGAGCUACUUCACGGCACGAUUGCGGGCCAGCUGAAUAUUAUAGCCAAGCUUCAUCUAAUGCUUCGGAAGCCUCCAAAAACGGUGCCAAGUUCCUGGGCCCUUGCCACUGCCACGCUUUGCCAUUGAGAAAGAACACUUUGGGCUGAUUCUCAAGGAUCACAGUCUCUUUGUUUUUAUUUUUGCUGGGUUGGGAUCUCCCACACGAAAAGCUCCUAUGGCCUAUGGACCUAGAUCUUUUGGCCACAGCACACAUGUCUAUUUGUAUCAGAGUCACUACCAUGGGCUCCAGUUUGGGAUAAAUUGUUGUUUAACACACACACGCACGCACACACACACACACACACACACACACACACACACACACCCUCUCCCUCACCCUUCCCUUCUCCCUCAGGACACCCCCCCCCAAACCAGGUAGCCUGGAACUCACUAUGUAGAUCAGGCUGGCCUUAUAAUUCAUAAAUCUGCCUGCCUCUGCCUCCUGAGUGCUGGGACUAAAGGUGUGUGCCAUCACGCACUGCUACUCUUUGUCUUUAUUCUUUGGGGAGGGGAAUUGUGACAGGGCUUCUCUGUGUAGCCUUUGCUGUCCUGUAACUUGUUCUGUAGAUCAGGCUGGCCUUGAACUUAGA